UGAGAAACAAGAUGGCGGCCGCCUGUGUUGCGGCACGAGUUUGCGAAACACCGGGUUGUAACAGCGAAGCUAAGCUUCAGUGCCCGACCUGUAUAAAACUAGGGAUUCCAGGGUCCUUUUUCUGUUCCCAGGAUUGUUUCAAAGGGUCGUGGUCUGAACACAAGAAGCUUCACAAGAAAAAUAAAGAGAAUGAUGAGCAGAACAAAGGAGGUUUCAACCCUUGGCCCGGGUUUCACUUCACUGGGACUCUGCGGCCCUUCUCUGUGACCCCCAAAAGACAGGUCCCGGACACAAUCAGACGUCCGGACUAUGCUGACCACCCAGAAGGCGUCCCACUGACUGAGCGCCAACUCCGAGGAACGACCAACAUAAAGAUGCUGGAUGACGAGGAGAAGGAGGGAAUGGCUGUUGCCUGCAGGCUUGGCCGUGAAGUCUUGGACGAAGCAGCAAAAGCAGUAGAAGUCGGCGUCACAACAGAUGAGAUAGAUCUGAUAGCACAUGAGGCGUGUAUAGACAGAGAGUGCUACCCGUCUCCCCUCAACUAUUACGGCUUCCCAAAGUCAUGUUGCACGUCGGUCAAUGAAGUUAUCUGUCAUGGAAUUCCAGAUUUGCGUCCUCUACAAGAUGGGGACAUAAUGAACAUUGACAUCACUGUUUGUCAUGGUGGUUACCAUGGGGAUCUGAAUGAGACAUUUUUUGUGGGAGAAGUUGAUGAAAAGAGCAAGAAAUUGGUGAAAACAACGCAUGAGUGUCUCCAGCAUGCAAUAGAGGAAGUGAAGCCUGGCGUCCGGUACCGGGAAAUAGGCAAUGUUAUACAGAAACACGCUCAAGCCCACGGCUACUCAGUCGUUAGAAGUUACUGUGGACAUGGAAUCCAUCAACUGUUCCACACUGCGCCCAGCGUUCCUCAUUAUGCAAAGAAUAAGGCUGUUGGUGUGAUGAAGCCGGGACACUGCUUUACUAUAGAGCCCAUGAUCUCAGAAGGAACAUGGAGGGAUGAAAUGUGGCCAGACAACUGGACUGCUGUGACACAAGAUGGCCGCCGGUCAGCACAGUUCGAACACACUCUGCUCGUCACAGAAACUGGCUGUGAUGUCCUGACCAGGAGGCUUGACAAGGAUGGACAACCUCAUUUCAUGGACAAGAUGUAAUGGCAGACUGGCUGCUGUUUUAUGGGAUGAUAGUGUGUGGAACUAUUUUAUUGUGGAGCAAUAUACACACCUUCAUGUGAUGUCAUGUAUCCUUGCACUGACCACAUCACCUGGCUGGAGAAGUCAUGUCUGUCAUUGAAGGUUGUCCAGGUGUAUAUUUGUUUGGGAUUUGGUUGAAAAGAGUAUCAAUUAUCGUGAAAGUGGAAACAAUUUUUCAUAAAUAAAGUAGCGAUUUUU